UGGACGUUUUUUCUUCUACAUUCUUUUGCAUUAUUUUUUGUACUCUUAACGCUUUGUAGAUUAAGGUAAUUAGCACAUUUCUAUUUACAGUUUCCUUGUCACAGAGGGAAGGACAAGCAAUUUGAUGACUUAAUAUAGCAAGCGACAUGAGGACAGGCGGGAAAACAAUUAGACCUGCGGUAGUUUGGCCUCGAUUGAUGCUUGAAAGCACCAGGUAGUUAUAGUUUGAAAAGAGUUUGAAUGUUUUGGGUGGAAAGAAGUAAAGAGAGUGGGCAAGAAUGGGUUGUGCCGGUAGACAGCUCCUUUGGCAUUUGAAAAAGAUCAGUGAUUGCAGUGAGCGUGUCCACUCCUACUCCAGACAUAUCAAUUCUAUGAGAAAUGCAACACCUGCUAACAUUUCAAUAAAGUUACCUCAUGGCCAUAUGAAUCACGUCUUCAGAGGCACAUUCCUACAACAGGUUUCAGCUUUUUCCAACAUCAGGCGUUUCAUUGCGGAAAGAAUUGUGAACAUUAAACGUUCCUCCGUAUUUAGACGUUAUUCUGGAGGUUCCAGUUUUUCAUCAUCAGAGGGUGUCAUUUAUAGUAUUGUUGCUGGUAAUGUUGUGGUUUUCCUCUUAUGGAAUUCUGCUGAUCGAAGAUUCAUGUACAAGAAUUUUCAGAUAUCUGUGGAUAAUUUCUUAAAUGGGCGCGUGCACACGCUUAUUACCCAUGCUUUCAGCCACAAGGACUUUUAUCACUUAUUUUCCAACAUGUUUGGCUUCUAUUUCUUUGGUUCUACGAUUGCACGGACUUUUGGAUCUAAAUAUUUAUUAAAGUUGUACCUUGCUGGGGCUCUUGGUGGUUCAAUUUUCUUUCUGAUCAAUGAGGCUAUUAUUGUACCUUGGCGUAAGGGCAUUUCCAGAAAUAAUUUCAAUCCAAGAUAUACCCCUCCAGCAAUGGGUGCUAGUGGCGCUUUGAAUGCUAUCAUGUUUCUGUCUAUAUUUCUUUACCCAAAAGAAGUAAUAUAUGUGAACUUAGUGAUUCCUGUUCCAGCGAUGUUAUUUGGCGCCUGUCUUAUCGGAUAUGAUCUCUGGAGGGUGAAGCAGGGCGACACUCAGAUUUCAGGAGCAGCACAUUUAGGUGGGGCUCUUGUUGGAAUCCUUGCAUGGGCAAAGAUCAAGAGGCCCUGGAUUUAGUCAAAAUUAUCCCUUCGUCUUUGCAGCCUGAAUGAUAUGGCGAUAAAAUGAAUUUACUCAAUUUGCUUUUUGCUUCUUUCAUAAUAAGAGGUGAGAAGAUUAGAGAUUAGUGAUCAAUCAGGGGUAUGAUUGUAUUUUCUGGGAUCCAAGUUACAAUUUGAUUUUGCUAAUCGCUCUGUGUCAGAUUUUAAUAUAGCUAUAAAUGUUUGAAAUUAUUCCAUCCCUACAUUUGAGAUUUUAAUAUAGUAUUAGGACAGUAAUGACAUAUGAGAUUUUCUUUAA